AUGAGCAGCCAUGCUUUGCUGGUGCCUCGGAAGGCCGGGUCUCUCUGGGCCACCCCGAAGGCUGUGGCCCAGACUCUCUCACGGCUGACCGGCACGAGGCGUCACCGCAACCCUAAUGUCGGAUCGAUGCCCUCCCGUAUUCUUGCCCUGCGCCUGCGGCAGAAACCCACCGAUCAGAGAAAACGUUACGGCCACCUGUUCAGGCACGCUGCAAGGCUGAAGAACGAGCGACUCCCCAUCGUCACCUUCCAGAAGCUCUUGAUGCAGGAGGACCUGCGCGGCGAACGGGGCCUGCAUGCCAUCGUGAGCACCUCUGAUCGCAACUCGUUGAGAGACCGCUUGAACAGCUUGGGGGCGAGAGGUUGGCAGGAGACCGAUAUUGACCACUGGGUUUGGAUCCUGUCUGCUGAGGAUACCGACGCUCGGAUUUUGCGCCUGGUAUCCACCGAUGUCCCAAAGCCUUUAUUUCUCCUCACGACUAUCUUACAGGCUGGUACACCUCUCCGCUCCCCAGAGUCACUGAGGAGGCUCCUGGAUUACAUCAGUAAACACUAUGUCUCGAGUUCCGUUAGCAGCGUGGGCGGAGAUGGUAAUAUACCGCCCACCAAGCGCAAGUUCGCUUUGUCGGUCAACUUGUUCCUAUUUCUGCUCCGCCGAUUGCUGCGCCAUGUACAAAAAGUCUGGCCGAGGGCGGUUGUGACACUUGCGCAACUCACGCAGGAUUACAUUGGCAACAUGGGUUUGGCCAAGGGUCCAAACGUCUAUCAUAAGCGCUGCAAGGUCUUUAACAACGCGCUGGCUCUUUUUAGCUCACCGGCCCCCUCGCAACCUUUGUAUCAUAUGGAAUUCAACUGGAGGGCACAGAAAAUGCUCUUGUCCAUGUCCGACGCCAUGGAGCGCCCGCUCAUCAUCGACCUGAUGAGUUAUCGAGCCAUCCGUAAGGUCCUGGUUGCACAAAAGAAGUCAGCAGCUGAAAGGAAAGUCGCCAUGAGGUAUGCCAAGUCUUGGCCACCAUACCGGCAGGACUUCGACGGGCAUGAUGCACAGAGGACCCCCGAAGACGACCAAUCACGGGCUGUGAGGUCUGGUGCUCUAGUUGCAGAGGCCGGUUACGAAAAAGACGAAUAUGAUCGGGCCUUGGAUGUGUUGGGUGGCGGGUCUGCAAGGGGAACUCCCACGAUCCAAACUCGAAGCCUAGCACCCAAAGAGUGGAAGGGUGAUAAGGUGUCGGAUAACUUUUUCACGGAAUGGGCUAUGAGAAUCCGCGCGACUCGAAAUACUCAGGAGGCUUGGAGGAUGUUUCACUCGGUCACAGUUACAUCGCCCACGCUCCAAAUCUACACCGAGAUGUUCAUAAAGCUUCAUGCUAGCCACUCCAACGCUUCACCGGAUGCUUUGCCUGGAGACUCCCGGGAAGUUUCUCCUGUACACCAUGAGAACUAUAGCGAAUACGAGCUAGCUCGGUUGACACCACCGACAGUGACGGAGCUGUAUCAUGACAUGUUGAAGCGCGGAAUCAAACCCAGUGGCAUGUGCCUACAAGUCUUGGUUUCCAAUGCUCGGUCUAUGUCAGAGGGGUUCCAGUACUUCAGGGACAGCUCCCUAAGCUCAGAGGCUAUUGCUCACAUGUCUCCCCAGAAGGCCCACUACCCUUCGGUGCUGAAAAGAAUUCCUCUUCUGGUGUUCAAGAGCUAUAUCCAGUUACUUUGCCGGUUCCAGCCCGAUCGCCGAAAGGGCCACCAGGUAACGCCAGACGAAAUGGGCCGUAUCUACUUGGCCAUCAAGUUGACUGAACUUCGACUGCCUUCAAACACGCCAGAAGGAGCAACGUUUCGCCCGGUCUGGCAGAUAAUAUGCAGAGCGUUGGCGCGGCCCAAGAUUGCGCUGCUCCACGGAGAUCGGUUCUCCAACGACGUUCAGGCGUUGAGACUAAUCCUAGAUGUCAACCGCCUGGCUGAGCGCCGCAUUGGUCUUGAUCUUGAAAUAUUCAUCUAUAUCUGCCGUACCAUCCAGAAGUUGGCGACGACCCAACUAGAACAAUACGACGUCGACGCAGGCACGGCCGCAUCGAAAGCGCCAACGGCUCUCACCCAGGGCACCUCGCAGCUGGGCGUCCUAUUUAAUGACGCGCAGCGUACGGUCAAAGCCAUAUUUGCGAGAAUCACAACUCCCGUUGAGUCCUCUUCGAACUUCCAGUUGCCAAGGUUUCUGCAUACCGUCACACCCGUUCAUCUGCAUACAUACAUGCGCACAUUGGCUCUGCUAGAGGACAUCCCCGGCAUGGUCAGGUUGCUCUGCUGGGUCUUUGAGAACAAGCACGUCAUCGACGAGGAGAUUGGGAGGAAAGAGAGCAGCGCCCGGCUGAUGGUAGCAAAGACCUUGUGCGCGUUCGAGGCGUUUGCGGGGCCCCAUUUGGAGGCCAGCCAGCGGAGCGAGCUGGAUCGGAGCAUGGACCGCAUUGCCGAAUCCGACCCGUCCUGGAAGUGGCCGUCGCACGAGGAUAUCGAGGAGUACAUCCAGUCCGACAAGCGCGGUGGCUCGCAGCGACUCCAGCGCAAAACCAUGGCUGCGUGGUGGCGACAGGCGCCCGACGAGCAGGUGGCAGCCGAGUUGCUAAACGAGCUGUAG